AUGUGUGCGCGCUCCCUCACGGCCAGGGUCGGCUCGCGCGCUCUCGGUGCCACAGAGCAGCUCGCGGGCAGCGGCGCGCCUCCCGCGCGACCGCUGCAGAGGACCAUGAAGAACCUGGAGAACAUGAAGGUGGAGAACCUGGAGAACCUGAGGAUCUGUGCUCUUACCAGAGCAGGACUGAAGAUCUUGUGUUUUACUGCUGCUGUGAAUCCUGCAGAGAUCCAGACGGACGGAGCUGAAGACGAGCUGCAGAGCUCACACGUCCAGACGGUCGACGGUUUCCAUCUGAUUCAGGACGGCGAGCAGCGGCACCACGGCGCGCUCUACCCGGCCUGCAGGGAGGCUCCGGCCGGCCCCGGGAAGGACCGGCUCCCAGUGGGCGACCUGCAGCAGUGCCCGGCCUGGAUGACCUGCAACAAGCCCGCUCAGGUGCAGCGGAAGGCGGCGUGUCAGAACAGAGAGAGGCCGCCGGUGGUGGUUUACCCCUGGAUGAAGAAGGUGCACGUAGCGCAUGUGAAUCCGAACCACGUGGGUCCGGAACCGAAGCGCCUGCGCACGGCCUACACGCGCCAGCAGGUCCUCGAGCUCGAGAAGGAGUUCCACUUCAGCCGGUACCUCACGCGCCGCCGCCGCGUCGAGGUGGCCCACGCGCUCUGCCUGUCCGAGCGGCAGGUGAAGGUGUGGUUCCAGAACCGGCGCAUGCGCUGGAAGAAGGACAACAAGCUUCCCAACACCAAAGGACGCAGCAAGAGCAAGCGGGACAACAACAAUAACAAUAACAACAACAACAGCAGCAGCAGCAGCAGCAGCGGCGGCGGCGGAGACACCGUGAAGGCGGGAAUCACCGUGUGACCGUUUAUCACCAAAACCCCCACAAACCAGCUUUAAAUAUUUUUUUUGUCCUCCAGAUUUAAAAUCUAAAUCCAGUCUGAGGUUUGAUUCAGCAGCGAACGUUUCUGGUUUCACAUUUA